AUUCAUAAUACCUAUCUUCAUAUAAGGUGUUUUUGAUUUUAUAUCUUUAUUUAAUCUGAACCAUGGAGAGGUACACAAUCGAGCAACGCGAUAAAGUUGUUCGGGCUUAUUAUGAAAAUGGUCGUUCAAAUCAAAAAACAUAUCGUGCACUUCGUUAUAUUCUCGGACAAUUUAAUCGUCCAAAUGUGCGUACAAUUGGAAAAAUCGUGAAAAAAUUUGAGAAAACCGGGUCUGUAAAAGAUGUGAAAACACCAGUGCAUGCUCGUUCAGCUCGCACUGCCGAAAAUAUUGCUGCUGUUCGCGAUAGCUUAGCUGCAGAGCCGUCCAUCUCAAUCCGUCGUCGUGCCCAGCAGUUACAACUUUCACGCUCGUCGUUGAUGAACAUUAUGCAGAAAGACUUGCAAUUACAUCCUAACAAGGAAAGAAUUGCAGAUUAUAAAGCAAGUAUUGCUAGUUCAACGGAAAGUUCUAAAAGGAAUAGGAAGAGAGUGAAACAUCAAAGUUCUUCAAAAACUGCUUUGAAAGUCACACCCGAAGAAAUUCCUUCAGAUGCCAUACAUAAACACUUAUGUUAUUUCAGGUUCCCAAGGAAGAGUUCAUCACAAUGAAACUAGAAAAAGACCAAUUCGUCAUAAGAAAUAAGUAUAAAUACAAAUA